CGUCUCUUUCUAUAUUCCGGCUUGCUAGUUUGGUGGUUCGAACGGGGAGAAUUAUCCAGGAUGGAUUGAAGUUCAAAUUAAGUUAUUUUCUUUCCUUUUUGAAGCUUGGUUCAUCUACCGACUAUCUAAUUAGCUCAGGGAUAAAGAAAGUGGAUGGGUAGCUAGAGGAUACAGACAGAGUGAGGGGUCGAAGCUGCACCUGCAUCUGCAUCUGCAUCUGUAGGAGAUAGGCAGAUGCAUUUACAGUUGAAUUCGCAUUUGCAUUUGGGCAUUUCUACAUGCAGCAGCAGGUGUCUGUCUGUCUAUCUGUCAGUUGGUGACAGCGAGAGCAAAUUGAACAUCAAAGAAACUACCCCGCAGUCAACAUCCAUCACAUCCAUCGCAUCACAUCGCGUCCAUCCAGCCCUCCAGCCCUCCAGCCCUCCAGCCCUCCAGCCCUCCAGUCCAGUCCUACCUCCUCUUCCUCCCUACCGACCUCUCUCCAGCAACUCAAUCAAACACCGCUCAGAUCCGACAAAGAAACUGCACGAUGCAUGCCCCUGUACGUCCUCAUGCCCAACCCACUCCCUCUCUCCCUCUCUGUAUGUACGUGUCACCCAACACCUGCAUCAAGAACCGGAUUUCAAACGCAGUUGCAGAUACACAUGGACAUGGACAUGGAUAUGGAGGGGAAGAUAGAAGGAGGGGAAGAGAAGAGGAGGGGUAAAGCGUCUAUCAUGAAGACAUAAAAGCUGCG